AUGGGUAAGAAACGGAAAAGACCCAGCAAGGAUAGUGGUGCAGGAGAAGACUUAGCGCAGAAACGCCUCGCCGGCGGCCCCAAUGGUGUCAGAAGUCAUCAUGCCACAGACGCAUACGAGGGAUCUGGACACUCGCAUCCGGUCAUCUCGCUAUACUAUCACCGGGUCGUGACGCUGCGGCAGUAUCUGCUGCAACAGAUCCCCGUCUCUUCCAAAUCCCGGCGGAGGAGAAUCACCUCAGUGCAGGGGGCUACCUCCACGGAGAAGCAGAAGAAUAGGGGUGUGAGGGGGUACCAUGCUCAAGGUCUCGCCGAUAUCCUGGACACCACACUGGUCGGGGUCUUGAAAGAGUCAUCGCCUACAGUGACCCAAGAGCGACUGCGGGAUUUCGCAUCUUAUUCUCAAUCUCAGUCACAGGGUAGAUCCGAAGUUCCAAGUACGGAUGUUGGACCUCCAUGUGCGCAGUCAGAGAUCGUGGACUUCGUCAUAUCCGCUCUUUUCAAUCGCCAUGCCUUUUCAUACCAGAAACCUCAACACCUGUUGACCCACGGGUUUCAACGGGCUGGUGGGCCAGACGUCAAGCUGGCUAGUAGUAUUCCUGGCCUUGCUAGACGGUAUCCUAACAAGAAUGUCCAGUGCCUCAAGCAGGCGCCCUGGACCGAUGUUCUGGGUCUUCUUGGAGGCAACGGGGAGGAGAUCAUGCUGAGGCUCUUAUUCGAUUGUGGCAUCUUCAUGGCCAUCGACCACCGCAAGGGGAUAUAUUACCAGAUCAGUGGUCUUCCGCUAUCAAGUCUUGAACCCAUCCAGAAUCAGUCACCUUUGGAAGUCCCGAACGCCAAUUCAAAGCCCUCUUUGGCGGCAGGGAGCAAUGUAGCCAGGAAAAAUAGGAGCAGUGAUCAAGGAAUCGCGCACAAACCGAACAGUGUUGUAUUCUUUCGGCGACGUAUGCUCUACGCAAAACCAAUUCUGAACUCGAGAGGGGAGGUCCAUUUCGGGUUGUCAGCCCUUCACGUCCUGAAUCGGUAUCCUCGAUCAGACUCGCUGUCUCAGACAGUGCAUAUCCUGAAGUACAUCUUCCCCCGACAAUUUGGUCUGCAUAACGUGUUUACUUCUGUGACCGACUCGCGUGAAACCGUCUUGCCAUUCAAAGAUUACUUCUCUCGCGAGACUGAGAUCGAAGAGAUCGAAGAAAAGAGACGUAAACAGCGUCGACGCAUCGGCCCCGAGUUUACAAACCACUACCAAGACCAGAAAGAGUUCAUUGAUAUACCCAAGAGGCUUCGUGGGAAGGCCUGCGAACUGGUUCAACAGCUGCAGAAUCGGAAUCGUCGCUGUCCGUAUACGGAACUGUUGAACUACUAUUGUCCGCCAGUGGACACGGGGCCGUGGAAACUUGGUCCCACCGAUUCUCAGACCAGUCACCCGUCAGGCACAGCAAUAUCGGAGUCUUUGGUCACUCAAAGACGAGGCCCUCAGGGCUCAUUUGCACAUGCAUCUCCGCUAUCUCACCUCCAGGAGACUCCUUCAGUCGCCACAUUCAAAGCCGAAGCGACCGUGUCGAAGAUCCUUAAGCCAAAGCUUUGUUUGAUAGAUUACGCCACACCUUGCUCCUCGGUAUCAGCCUUUUGUCGGGCAGCGCUGCGGAAGUUGGUCCCGCCACGAUUCUACGGUACAGGCUGCCAUCAGAGAAGCAACCAGGAUAUCGUCUUCAGGCAUGUUGACCGUUUUGUGCGAAUGCGGAGGUUUGAAAGUCUGAGCCUUCAUGAGGUUUGCAAGGGCAUCAAGAUUACUUGUAUGCCUUGGCUUGGACAUCCGGCAAAUCAGCAAGAUGAAGGCUCCUCGCAGCCCAAAAUGUCAUUAUCAGACUUGCGGAAACGGACAGAGCUCCUACACGAAUUCAUCUACUACAUCUUCGAAUCGAUUCUGGUCCCCUUGAUCCGUUCCAACUUCUAUGUUACCGAAUCGCAGUCUCAUCGCAAUCGACUCUUCUAUUUCCGCCAUGACGUGUGGCGGCAGUUGACCCAGCAGCCGUUGGCAGAAUUCAAGACUUCUUUGUUCGAGGAAAUGAAGCGAGGAGUCGCGGAGCGGAGACUCAGCAGCCGAUCCCUGGGGUAUAGCUCACUGCGGCUUCUGCCGAAAACAACGGGAGUCCGUCCGAUCCUGAAUCUUCGACGGCGGAUGCUCAAACCAGGCUGGGCGGGGAAGGCACCAUUCCUGGGCCCGAGCAUCAACUCGACGAUCGCACCUGUCUUCAAUGUCUUGAACUACGAGAAGAGGCGGAAUCCCGACAGUCUGGGGGCAGCGCUGUCUUUCGUUGGAGAAAUCCACACCCGGCUCAAGGGCUUCAAAGAGCGACUGACUCAAAAGCAUGCAGGCCACCCCCGGCCCCACUUGUACUUUGUCAAGGUGGACAUUCAGUCCUGCUUUGACACUAUUCCCCAGGAAAACCUGGUUCCCCUGGUCGAGAGCCUCGUCUCGGAGGAAGGGUAUUAUGUUGCGAAACAUGUCGAAGUCCGGCCGUCGGAUGAAUUCAGCAGCAUGUGGCCGCUGCACGAAUCUCAGCAGAGCAAGGCGCUCCGCAAAUACGUGGGUAGAGCAGCACCCGUGACGAACUCGCAGGAUCUCACAGAAGCCAUUGCGGAAGGCGGGAUCAGCCACCGCAGGAACACGGUCUUCGUGGAUACGGUGGCGCAUAAGGAAUACUCCGGGGACUAUCUGCUAGAUCUCCUCGACGAGCACAUCCGGUACAAUCUGGUGCGUGUGGGGAAGAAGUAUUUCCGGCAGCGGAACGGCAUCCCUCAGGGUUCGAUCCUGUCAGGCGUUUUGUGCAACUUGUUCUACGCGCGGAUGGAACGGGAGUGUCUUGGGUUUUUGCAGUCAGACGAGUCGGUGCUGCUCCGGCUGAUCGAUGACUUCCUCCUUGUCACGACCGACUCCAGCCUGGCGAUGCGGUUCCUGCAGGUGAUGCUCAAGGGACAGCCCGAGUACGGGAUCACGGUCAACCCGGCCAAAAGCCUUGUCAACUUCGCGGCGGCCGUGGACGGGGUCCAGAUCCCGCGCCUCGUGGACAGCGCCCUGUUCCCGUACUGCGGAAGCCUCAUCAACACCGCCACGCUGGAGAUCUACCGGGACCCGGAGCGGGUGGUGGAGGGCGGCGACUCGGCCGCGGCGACGCUCGCCAGCUCGCUGACGGUGGAGUCGGCACGGGCGCCGGGCCGCUCGCUGCACCGCAAAAUGCUCUCCGCGUUCAAGCUGCAGAUGCACCCGAUGUACCUGGACACGCAGCACAACUCGCUCAGCGCGGUGCUGUCGAACCUCUACGCCAGCUUCGUCACCGCCGCGAUGAAGAUGUACCAGUACAUGAAAGCGCUGCCGCGGCGGGCGCACCCGACGGCUGAGGUCAUGGCCCGCGUCAUCCGCGACCUGAUGUACCUGGCACAUCGGAUGGUCGGCGCCCGCCGCGAGCUGCACACGGCGCGCGGGCCCGGCUCGCCGUCCCUGUGUCUGGUGCAGGGCGCCCAGGUCCAGUACCUAGCGACGGCGGCGUUCCGGUUCGUGCUGGGUCGCAAGCAGACCAAGUAUGCAGGGGUGCUGCGGUGGUUGGAGCAGGUGUGGAAAGCAGCGCGGCCGCCGUCGAGUGCCAAGGCGAUGCGGCUGGCGCAGGUGGUGCGGCAGGGCAAUGCGAGUUUUGCGGGCUGGCGGUUUUGA